CUUCUCUUUUGGAUAGAAGGUCUCUCUCCCACUCUGCUCUCUCCUCUCUUUGGCUUUCUACCCCCCAAGGCAAAAUCAUUAAGCCAUGUCCUGCCCAUGAGAGAUCCAUGGAAAGACACGGAAAGUGGAACAAAGAACAAGGUGAAAGGUGAUCGAAAGAGUGGUCUCUCUUCUCUAUCCAUCCAUGAUUUCCAAGAUCAGGUAUUAUCGAACCUCUUCUUUAGCACUGUAAGCUAAUACAACUCCAGUAUUGGCUUCAUCAGAGCAUCCUCUUAAAGCCACUGCCUUUGACUCCUAUCUCUUCUUCUUCUUCGUCACUCCUAUAUCUUCCCUUUCUUUGCUUGUAUACUAUCGAAACAUGGAUUCAACUAACAGCGGGAGCAUCCAGUCUUCAAACACCGGUGAGAACGAAGAGUACGACUCUCGAGGUGAGUCCAUCUCCUCCUUCAACCUCCCACCACCACAUCCAUCACCGUCACCAACAACUGCUACUACUUUCCAACACGAACGCCCUUCAUCCUCCUUCAUCUUUGAUCCACUAUCCCCGUACCUCACCUCCUUCCCCUUCCCACCUCCGGAGUCCAAUUCUCUCAGCCUCGACUCUACAUGGCUUAAAAGAAUCCAACCAUAUUCCGCUUGCACCACCCUGGGCGCCAUGACGGCCACUCGCUCCUCAGUAUCAUCAUCAGCGAGUCCCUCCUCGGUGCAACCACCCGCGCAAGCUGAUCGCUCUUCCGCCGCCCCACGAGGCGCCAAGAAGCGGUCGAGGGCGUCGAGGCGAGCCCCGACCACUGUCCUCACCACAGACACUUCCAACUUCCGCGCGAUGGUGCAACAGUUCACUGGCCUACCGACACCGCCCUUCACUUCCUCCCACUUUCCCCGCCCUCGGCUUGACCUCUACAACAUGGGGGCCGCCGCGAUUCCCCCUUAUCUCCUUAGGCCCUCUGCCCAAAAAAUCCCAUCUGCUUCCUUCCUUCCCAUGACUACUACUUCCACCUCUUCCGCUUCACUUCUUGAUCAUGCUAUUGCUUCUAUUUCUGGGAACACCAUUGUCAGCAUAAACAUGCCCAUUAGAACUACUGAAACAAGUUCUCCAAUUGGUGCUACUCCAAGCUCCACCGAGAAGUGCCAAUUGUCACUCUUCGGUGCUCAGUAUCCAAGCACACUCGACAUGCAAAGCGCAAAUUUUAUCUCCCAACCCCUUCUCCAAUCUCAGACCGCUCCCGAGUACAACUCACACUCCUUGGGCUACGCCUUUGGAGGCCUCGGGAGCCUGCUCGCCACCGAAGGCAUGAACUUGAGCCAUGAUACCGAUGUUCUAUCCGGUUGGGCUAAUGAAUCAGGACAGGAGAAUGCGGAACCAGCUCGAUCAAAGACAAUCAUCAGAAACUACGGCAAUCCGAGAUAGCUGAACCCAUGCAGGAAAGAGAUCUGCAAGCGUCGCCAGCGGAUUCGUAGAUUCUUUCCCUAGGUGUUCCAGUUCGCAAUAUGUGUAGAGCAAGUGUCAGCAAAAAGAAGGUGAAGUGCCUCAUCCAUCAUCAUCAUCGUCAGUGCAUGGUAACCAUAUAUAUCAAUCAACACACUUUCUUCCUAAUCCGAACAUGGUUUCUCGUCCUCGUUUUGCUCACUGUGAUUCUGAAAGAGCUCUGCUCACUCAAAUCUGGAUCAAGCUAGGGUUAUCCCCAAACUCCUGGGUUUACUGUGAACCCUGGGAAACUGGCUUCAUUUAAGACGAACUGCAAUGUUGUUUGAGAUGUUUUCA